AAAAAUUUUUAGGAAAGAAAAACAAAUUUACGGCAACCGUAAUAAUGUGCUACAUAAUUUAAAAAAUAUAUUCGGUUGGUGCAACUCACGCACUUUGUGUAUUAAUUGGGUGGAAAUUGUACAACGUAACUUAGACACAAAAGACACAAACGUUCGGACAAAACUGUAAGCGAUUUCCGCCCUCGCGUCACCCUCACAACCAAUAAGAGAGAAAAAAAUCGAUUUUGUGAUAGUGAUAAGGGAGCUUACGCUAACGCUUACGCUUACGGCAACGCCGAGGCUGAGACUUGCUUGCAUAGAAUUUGGCAAUUGAGGAGCAACUAAAGUUGGAUAAAACGGCAGCACAAUGAAUUUGGACUUUGCAAGGGUGUGUGGCAAGCACAAUCUUGUUUACGAGGCGUACUACAAACAGAUUGAUCCAAAAGGCACUGGAGCUAUCGAGGCUAUGACGGCGGCAAAGUUUUUGAAAAAAUCUGGACUCAGCGAUGUGGUGCUCAGUCGCAUUUGGGAUCUAUCCGAUCCUAAUGGCAAAGGCUUUCUUGACAAGCCAGGCUUCUUUGUGGCACUCAAACUGGUGUCGCUGUCGCAGACGGGUCAGGUGGCCAACAUGAACAACAUCUAUAUUGAUACAGUGAAUCCGCCAAAAGUGGGCGAUAUACCAAAAGUUAUUCCUACGCGCAUACAAACUGUGCCAGUUGCUAGUGGUGGCACCGGUGUUCCCAGCGGCGAUUGGACAAUUAGUGUCAUUGAUCGACUAAAGUACGAGCAGCUGUUCGAGUCGUUGCACCCACAGCACGGCAUGCUACCGGGAAAUAAGGUCAAGGGUGUGUUAAUGGACUCAAAGCUGCCGCUUAAUUUGCUUGGCACCAUUUGGGAUCUGGCCGAUCAGGAUAAGGACGGCAAUCUGGACAAGCAUGAGUUCAUUGUGGCCAUGCAUCUCGUCUAUCAGACGCUGCAGAAACGCACUAUACCCAAUGUGCUGCCUCCGGAGCUGCGCAAAGCUCCCAAGCCAGCAAUGCCGCCACCACCGAUUGCCAUUGCCGGCGGCGCUGGAGCCGCAAUGCCUCGAGCACCUAGCGGAGAAGGAUUCGGCGACGGCGGCUUUGUAGCUAAUUUUCCCAAAGAUAUAGCACCGCCAGCAGCAAUACCACCAUUGCCCGUUGCGGUGCCGCCCAUGACACGUAUACCGCCUGUGGGCGCGGUCAGCACGCAACCGCUGAUACAAACCGAUCCAUUAAUACCAAUCGGUGCACCGCCUUCAGUUACGGCGAAUGCCGACUGGGUGGUGACUGCCAGUGAGCUGGUGAGAUUCGAGGAAAUCUUUAGGCAAUCGGACUUGGAUAAGGAUGGCCUGGUUUCCGGACUCGAGGUGAAGGAUAUUUUCAUCAAGUCGGGUAUACCACAACGCACGUUGGCAGAUAUCUGGGCUCUUUGCGAUACCAAUCAAUCAGGCAAGCUAACUGUGGAGCAGUUCGCUUUGGCCAUGUGGCUGGUGGAACGUAAGCAGCGUGGCGUAGAUCCGCCGCAGGUGCUAACGGCUAACAUGGUACCGCCAUCUAUGCGUGCUAUAGUGUCUGGCGUUGAUAUGCAGCCGCAGGAAACUAAGCCCACAUAUUCCAAUCCGGAACUGGAGAUGAUUUCGAAAGAAAUUGAGGAACUCGCGCGUGAACGUCGUGCGCUCGAAACUGAAAUCGCACAGAAGGAGGCCGAUGUGCGUAUUAAGAAUGGCGAAGUACGCAGUCUGCAGAGUGAAUUGGACACAUUGACAGCAACGCUGAAGCAAUUGGAAAAUCAGCGUGGCGAGGCACAGAAACGUUUGGAUGAUCUGCAGGCUCAAGUUAUAAAGAAUUUGGCCGUGUUGGCCAACGUAAGUCUUGAUAUUAACCACACCAGCAAUCAGGUCACUAAGAUACGGGAUCAGUGCCAGAAGCAAGAAGAAACAAUCAACGAACAGGAGGGCGAACUGAAUGCUAAGCGCUCGGAGCUGCAGAAACUCAAGGAUGAGGAGACUGCGCUACAAAAGGAAUACGAUGACAACAAUCGUGAGCUAACUAAGCUAACCAAACAUCUGCAAAACACACAACUGCAGAUAAGCUCUGUACGUUCAAUGGUUACUCAGCUAAUGGAAACUCAACGUCAAAUGACCGAUGCUCUGCUCAUUUGCCGCGCUGCCAUGGAGAGUCAGAAUGCCGAGCUUGUCUCCGAAUAUCAGCUGAAGAUUGAGCCGGACUUUGAUGAUGCUCGCAAGACACUAGAAAAGCAAAUUGAAAUGCCCAAAGAGGAUCCGUUUGAGGAGAAUAACAGCGGUGCUGCCAACAAGGCCAAUGGCUUUGACAACGAUCCAUUUAGCGGUCAGGUUAGCAAACCUGCCAUUAACACUACUGGCUUCGAUGAUAGCUUCAACAUUAGCUCUGGCUUUGAUAGCGGCUUCGAUGGCUUUGGCGGCCAGAGCCAAAGCUUUGGCCAAACACAACGCGAUCCCUUUGGCUCAGAUGCUUUCGGUGCUACUAAAGCCGUAACGCCAGAACCCGGCAAGGAUGACUUUGGCAGCGAUCCGUUUGCCGCAUUGCAUGCACCAACUGGCCAGGGUCAGGUGCUCAGUCCUAACACACAGCGUUCAGGGCCACCACCCAGACCAGAGUCACCUAGUCCAGCAUUACCGCCAAAGAAGUCCAAGGUACCACCACCUAGACCAGCACCACCAAGAGCAUCACAGCCCACAAGCGGUUUCGGCUCCAGCGCUGCUGGUGGCGGCGGCAGCGGAUUUGCUGAUUUCGACGACUUUGACAAUAAGUUACAAAACAUUCCAAUAAAACAACAACAGAAUACUACCACGCCCAUACCCGCGAUAAAUGCAACGCUGCUCGAUAGCUUCUCGCUGUUUGAUGAUCACAGUAAGGCAACUAGCACCAGCACCACAACAACAACAACAAAAGCCAUCACAACAACAACAACACCACAGCCAAUGCAAACACAAUCCACACUGCUACUGACAUCAUCAACAGCGUCCACAUCCACAUUAGCCACAGCCUUAGCCUCCCCAGCAGUCAGCACGAAUAACCAACAUUUGUCGCGUUCCAAUACACCGCUGCAGACGGGAGCAGGACUAUUAGCUGGCUCUUCUGGCGCACUCUUCGAUGCCUUUAAAGUGCCCACGCCAGUGCCAGCUGUCGCCCAGGGACCGACAGACUUUAAGGACGAUCCCUUCAAAGAUUAUCGCUAUGAAGAUCCGUUCAACAUUAAGGAUCCAUUUGCAGAUGACGAAGAUGAAGCGGCGAGCUCCGCAGGCGGCAAAAACAAAAAGAACUUUGCCGAGGACUUUAGCUCAGAGGAUGAGCUGUCCGCCAAGCCUCCCAUUCACAUUAACAACAACAAAUCCCAAACAGCUACGCCACUGGGCAGCGAGCUGUUGCAACAGUUUGAUGCAUUCAACAUGAAUGCUGCCAGUCCAGCACUUUCGCAUCACUCCAACGCAUCAACAAAUGCACCAAAAAUCGACGCGUUUGCUGACUUCGAUGACUUUGCUUUGGACAAAUCCACAGGCAGCAGCUCCACGCUUACGUCCACAACAACAACAGCAACGACAACAGCGACAACGAAAAACAAUGCAAAGCAACAACUCAAUGAUUCCUUCUUUAAUGCAUUUAACGACAACUUUAAGCUGAACGACACGAAAACCAAAACACCUGAGCCCAUAAAUAAUGCAAACUUUGAUGCCUUUGCUGUUGCCGCCACAAGAGCAACAUCAGCAGCAACAGCAACUGCUGCAACCAGCAAUAACUUUAAGCUUUUUGAUGCCUUCAAUGACAACUUUGAGGAUAGUUUUAACAACAAGCCCGCUCAACAGGACUUUGCACAGUUUGAUGCCUUUGAUGUGCAUAAUUUUUCCAGCGAUUUUGGCAAAUCCACGCCAGACAGCAACGCCAACAAGAGCAGCACGCUGAAUGGCAAUGCCAGCAAGGAUAUUAAAACGCCGCAAAAGUUUUCAGCUGACUAUUCCAAGCCAGAGAGCUAUGAUGCAGAUCUAGAGGAGGCGCUCAAGCGCAGCAUGCUCGACAACUAAAUUAACGCUACACCCACUACCCGCUUAAAGAACAACAAAUAAUGCGAUGUUGAUGCAUGCGAACACAAUUUAACGAAAUUAAUUGAAAUCUUGUGCUCCAUUAGCCAUUUCCAAAUGAAACUUUAGUUGCUUUCUUAUGUAUGUGCUCAAUAUUCCAUAUCGUAUACCAUAAUACCUAUGUUGACUGUCUAAGACGCAACAUGCUGAUAUUAUUAUUCUUUAUACUUCUAACAUUAUAAAAUUAUCAAAAGCAAAUAUUUAAUACUUACAUAGCUAUGUAUCAUACAUAUGUGUGUGAAGCAUACGUACAUACAUAAAAUACAUACACAUACUCGUUAAAACGUAGCUCAAGCAUUAUCAUGUUAACACUUGUACCAAAUGUCUAUGAAUAAACGAGAGAAUCUACUUACGACAA